AUGCCGCCCUAUACUGUUGUCUGUUUCCCAGUUCCAGGGUGCUGUGAGGCCAUGCGGAUGCUGCUGGCAGACCAGGGCCAGAACUAGAAAAAAGAGGUGGUGACCAAGGACACCUGGAAGGAGGGCUCACUCAAGGCUUCCUGUCUGUAUGGUCAGCUCCCCAAGUUCCAGGAUGGAGACUUCACCCUGUACCAGUCCAAUGCUAUCCUGAGGCACCUGGGCCACACCCUGGGGCUAUAUGGGAAGGACCAGCGGGAGGUCCCCAUGGUGUACAUCGUGAAUGACAGCAUGGAAGACCUCCGUAUCAAAUACGUCAGCCUCACUUACACCAACUACGAAGCGGGCAAGGAUGGUUACGUGAAGGCACUGCCUGGGCACCUGAAGCUUUUUGAGACCCUGCUAUCUCAGAACUAAGGAGGCAAGGCCUUCAUCAUGGGCGACCAGAUCUCCUUUGUCGACUACAACCUAUUGGACUUACUGCUGACCCAUGAGGUCCUGGCCCCCAGCUGCCUGGAUGCGUUUCCCCUGCUCUCGGCCUACGUGGCACAUCUCAGGGCCCAGCCCAAACUCAAGGCUUUCCUGGAGUCCCCCGAGCACGUGAACCGCCCCAUCAACAGCAACGGGAAACAGUGAAGACUUGUGGGACCCUCAGGAGGAGGAGGCAGGGCCU